AUGCUAAAAUCACCUCCUGUCAGCGGAUCUAUCGAACCUAUAAAGCCAGACUAUGUUUUAGCUCCUCCCAGAGGAACUGUCAAAACUAUUAAGGGCGACGAUGGAUAUUUGGUUGAUUGUGUUGAUAUGUACAAGCAGCCAGCUUUUGAUAAUCUUCUUCUGAAAGAUCACAAGAUACAGAUGGAACCUAGUUCAUCUCCCCAAAACAUGAACCAAAACGACGCCUCACCAAAUGAGUUCGUGCAACCUUGGCAGAAGAGCGGUUUAUGCUCUAAAGGAACUGUUCCAAUCUGGAGAAGGCGACUUCAAGGACAGUCUCAUAAAAUAAAAAAACAGUCUAAUAAUACGAUUCAAGGCCCACACUUUGAGCUUGCCACGGUACGAGCUUUCCCGGCCACUGGUACCCGAUUUUAUGGAGGCAGUGCAUCGAUAAGUGUUUGGGAUCCUGCCGUGUCUAGGCAAGAUGAUUAUAGUGAAUCCACAAUGCUUGUCCAGCUAACUUCAGCAUCUCUUCUAAUGGCUGGUUGGAUUACUGACAAUACGAGCUGCUGGGACUUAGAUUGUAACGGAUUUGUGCAAGUCAACAACAUAUAUGCCCUCGGUAGCUUGAUAAACGGAGUUUCAACCUUAGGUGAUCACACUUAUUAUGCAAUAAAGACAACUAUUCAUCAGGAUCGAAAAACUAGAAAUUGGUGGGUAAGUUUUGAGGACAAUCCAAUAGGAUACUGGCCUGCCUCCCUAUUCCCUGGCUUACCAGAAGGAGCUGAAAUGUUACAAUGGGGUGGUACAGUCUAUGAUUCAGUCGGCGAGGGUGCACACACACAAACUGAUAUGGGUAACGGAUUGUUUCCUGAUGUAAGGACGAACAAAGCUAGCGUAGUAUGUUCGCUUCAGUACGUGGAUGAUUCGAACACGCUCCAGAUUCCAGGCCUGUCAAUUCUAGGUGUAUUAGCAACUAAGCCUUUGUGUUACAAUGUACAACUCAUACCAGAGUUAGACCCUAACCUGGGACAGUGUUUCUUGUUUGGUGGCCCUGGUCGAAAUCCACUGUGUCCUUGA